CUCUCUCCUCCACACUCCGCCCCCACUCGCCCUCUCUCUCUCUCUGCUUCUUUCCUUUUCUCUCUCAUGGUAGGGUUAUGAGUCAGUUGCCAAAAGGUGGGGACAUUUCCUGAUACAUUUGCAACACUGAGAAGUUAUCUUAAGGGAGGCUGAGCCCCAUUCUACUCAUCUGGCCCAGAAAGUAAACACCUUAGGGGCCACUAGGGCAGCGCUGUUGGGGGAGACGCCCCAACCUGUCCUCUCCCUGUCUCCUGGCAGCUCUCUUGGCCUCCUGGUUUCUACCUGAUCAUGUCCCUGGCGGAGGCCAUUAGCCUCUGGAAUGAAGGGGUGCUGGCAGCUGACAAGAAGGACUGGAAGGGAGCCCUGGACGCCUUCAGUGCAGUCCAGGACCCCCACUCCCGGAUUUGCUUCAACAUCGGCUGCAUGCACACCAUCCUGAAAAACAUGACGGAAGCCGAGAAGGCCUUUUCCAGAAGCAUUAACCGAGACAAGCACUUGGCAGUGGCUUACUUCCAACGAGGGAUGCUCUACUACCAGACAGAGAAGUACGAUUUGGCUAUCAAAGACCUUAAAGAAGCCUUGACUCAGCUUCGAGGGAACCAGCUGAUAGACUAUAAGAUCCUGGGGCUUCAGUUCAAGUUGUUUGCCUGUGAGGUGUUAUAUAAUAUUGCUUUCAUGUAUGCCAAGAAGGAGGAAUGGAAAAAAGCUGAGGAACAGUUAGCGUUGGCCACCAGCAUGAAGUCUGAGCCCAGACAUUCCAAAAUCGACAAGGCCAUGGAGUGUGUGUGGAAGCAGAAGCUAUAUGAGCCCGUGGUGAUCCCUGUGGGCAGGCUGUUUCGACCAAAUGAGAGACAAGUGGCUCAGCUGGCCAAGAAGGAUUACCUAGGCAAGGCGACGGUCGUGGCGUCUGUGGUGGAUCAAGACAGUUUCUCUGGGUUUGCCCCUCUGCAACCACAGGCAGCUGAGCCUCCACCCAGACCGAAAACCCCAGAGAUCUUCAGGGCUCUGGAAGGGGAGGCUCACCGUGUGCUGUUUGGGUUUGUGCCUGAGACACAAGAAGAGCUCCAGGUCAUGCCAGGGAACAUUGUCUUUGUCUUGAAGAAGGGCAAUGAUAACUGGGCCACGGUCAUGUUCAACGGGCAGAAGGGGCUUGUUCCCUGCAACUACCUUGAACCAGUUGAGCUGCGGAUCCACCCUCAGCAGCAGCCUCAGGAGGAAAGCUCUCCAGAGUCUGACAUCCCAGCUCCUCCUAGUUCCAAAGCCCCUGGAAGACCCCAGUUGUCACCAGGUCAGAAACAAAAAGAAGAGCCUAAGGAAGUGAAGCUCAGUGUUCCCAUGCCCUACACACUCAAGGUGCACUACAAGUACACAGUAGUCAUGGAGACUCGGCCCGGGCUCCCCUACAGCCAGGUCCGGGACAUGGUGUCUAAGAAACUAGAGCUCCGGCUGGAACACACUAAGCUGAGCUAUCGGCCUCGGGACAGCAAUGAGCUGGUGCCCCUUUCAGAAGAGAGCAUGAAGGAUGCCUGGGGCCAGGUGAAAAACUACUGCCUGACUCUGUGGUGUGAGAACACAGUGGGUGACCAAGGCUUUCCAGAUGAACCCAAGGAAAGUGAAAAAGCUGAUGCUGAUAACCAGACAACAGAACCUCAGCUUAAGAAAGGCAGCCAAGUGGUAGCACUCUUCAGGUAUGAGGCUGCCCAACCAGAGGACCUGGAGUUUCAGGAAGGGGAUAUAAUCCUGGUGCUAUCAAAGGUGAAUGAAGAAUGGCUGGAAGGGGAGUGCAAAGGGAAAGUUGGCAUUUUCCCCAAAGUUUUUGUUGAAGAAUGCGCAACUACAGAUUUGGAAAGCACUCCGAGAGAAGUCUAGGAUGUUUCACAAACUGCAAAGCCGAAAAUGAAGCCCUAUUACUUGUAAAAUUUAGCACCCUUCUGCGGUACACCGUACUGAGACAUUACAGUUUGGAAGUGUUCAUUAUUCCCUGUUAAAAUUUAACCUACCUGGCAAUGAUGUGAGUACCCAGGACGAUUUCUUGGGGCACAGGGGGUGAGGGGAUGGGGACAGGUGAAUGGAGGAGUUAGGGGAAACGAAAAGUGGAUGGAAGUGUCUGGAAAGGGCACGAGAGGGGCUUCUAGGUCCCGAUCCUGUUUUUUGCUCAGUGCUGGCUACCCAGCGGUGUUCACUGUUAAAACUCAUCAAGCUGUCCAUCUGGUUGCUGUACUUUCCUGUGUCACAUCUCAAUUUAAAAAACCCUAUCUUCAAAAACCAAGACACCUAGGUCCAGGCUCAAGGACCAAGUAUAAAUAUUCCUAUUUCUGAACUACUAUAAUGGGCUCUGAAGGCUUGAAAUAACGUUACAGGUUAUUCAUAAGACAUAUACAAAUAAACUUGUUUUCUUUUU